AAGUCAUAACAAAAGCACGUUUUUGAGUUUUGAGAGUUAGGUUUUCGUUGAAUUAAUUAUUUAUGCUUCCUAAAGUAUUUAUUUCUAUCAAUAUUAAUUGUUUUACGUGUAACCCAUUGUGCAUGCAGGUGUAAUCUAAUAAACAUUUAUUUACAACGGAAUGGGGAAAGCACGUCACAAUGCGAAAGCUCGACAAGUUGUUAAAACAAACAUAGAUAAUUCUCAAACAAGCGAGAUAAAAUUAGAAUUUGGCAAAACUGAUUAUGGUACUUCGGAUGCAAGCAAUCUUUUGGCUUUGCCUUCUAAGAAAAGAAAAACAAAUAUCAUCAAAGAGAAAAAAGAAAAGACCAGAUUUCUUUCUAAAGCUCAACGGAAAAAGUUAGAAAAAAUUGUUGAAAAGAAAAAGAAAAAAGAAUCUAGGGCAGCACUGUUGGAAUCACUUUCUCAAGUCCAAGCAUCUCCUGAUGAAGUGAAACAACUAACAGCCAUUUCAGCUGUACAAACUAUCGGUCUCAGGAAGUUGAAUGAGUUCAAUACAGAAGUAACAGUUAAACAAGAUACACAGAUAGAUGAACAUAAGAAAUUCAGCAGUAUAGCAGGUGCUAAGAAACGCCUCAGGCUGUUGAGACUAGAAAAUUCUGAGAAAGUAAAGAAGAAAAAAUAUGAUCCCAAUGUUGUGGGACUUGAAGAAUCAACUGACGAUGAUGAAUCAGAAUCAUCACCUGAUGAAGAUGAUGGUGAAGAAGUGGUAAACGGUGAAGUAAAUGAAAACGAGGAAGUUAGUACCAAUGAUGUUGAGAUUAUUGAAAAUUUACCAGAAACAACACAAAAUGAAACAAAAACAGCUGAAAAAGACGCUCCAAUAGAAGAGAAGCCAGUUAUAGUUGUUAAAGAACAGAAAAAAGCAUUACUUGAACACCCUACAGUUCAUAUUGAUGUAAAACGAGAUCCAAAAAUACAAGUGGCUAGGUUAAAACUACCAAUACUUGGAGAAGAGCAACGGAUUAUGGAGUUGGUGAAUGAAAAUGAAUUUGUUAUAGUUGCCGGUGAAACAGGUAGUGGUAAAACAACACAAAUACCUCAAUUUCUCUAUGAAGCGGGAUAUGCGGAACAUAAAAUGAUCGCAGUUACGGAACCAAGGCGUGUGGCUACUGUAGCCAUGUCCGCUAGGGUCGGACAUGAACUUGGCUUAACCAGCAAAGAGGUUUCAUAUUUAAUGCGUUUCGAGGGUAAUGUUACUAAAGAUACGAAGAUCAAAUUCAUGACUGAUGGUGUAUUACUAAAAGAGAUUCAGACAGAUUUUUUACUAAGUAAAUACUCUGUUGUAAUAAUUGAUGAGGCACAUGAGAGAAGUGUAUAUACGGACAUACUGCUAGGACUUCUAUCUAGGAUUGUACCGUUGAGGAGAAAACGUGGAAAUCCUUUGCGAUUAAUUAUUAUGUCAGCCACUUUACGUGUUGAAGAUUUUACUGAGAACAAACGUCUUUUUAAAGAACCUCCGCCAUUGAUUAAGAUUGAUUCUCGACAAUUUCCAGUGACAAUACAUUUCAACAAACACACAUACAAUGAUUAUUUGAAGGAAGCUUAUAAAAAGGCAGUUAAAAUACACACAAGAUUGCCUGAAGGAGGAAUUUUGAUCUUUGUCACCGGCCAACAAGAAGUAAGAUAUUUAGUUCGCAAGUUAAAGGCAUCGUUCCCGUAUCGUAAGGAUGUGGAUUACUCCAAAGUGAUAUCUAAAAAGUCUGUCAGUGAAGUGGAUACGGCGUUAGACUCCGAGCCGGAAGACAUAGAGUCUGAUGAUGAUGAGGUGGAAAAAGAAAUGAAGAGAGCACGCAAAGCAAGGAAAAAAGCGAAGAUAAAAGCGAAAUCAUUGCCUAAGAUAAAUUUAGAUGACUACGAAAUGCCGGAGGACGACGGUCAGGCGGACCUCGUGGGGAAUGAAGACGAUAGUGAUGGUCACUUGAGUGAUUCUGAUAAUGAAGAUACCAUAUUGGAGCCAGAGAUAAGAUCGUGUCGUCAGCCGCUGUGGGUGUUGCCUCUAUACUCCAUGCUGAGCUCGAGCAAGCAGGCGCGUGUGUUCGCGUCGCCUCCGGUCGGCGCGCGACUCUGUGUCGUCACUACUGACGUAGCGGAGACCUCCCUCACUAUACCACACAUCAAAUAUGUUGUGGACACUGGAAAGAAAAAGAUGCGUGUGUACGACCACGUAACUGGUGCGAGUGCAUGGCGCGUGGUGUGGACGUCGCAGGCGAGUGCGGCGCAGCGAGCGGGCCGCGCGGGACGUACUGCUGCAGGACACGCCUACCGCCUCUACAGCAGCGCGGUCUUCUCACACGAUCUACCUGAACAACACGAGCCAGAUCUCGCGAGAAGACCGGCUGAUGAUGUCGUGCUUCUCAUGAAGUGUAUGGGCAUUGACAAGGUGGUAAAUUUUCCAUUUCCAACGGCACCAGACAGACUGCAACUGCGACUGGCUGAGAAACGUCUUCAAGUACUCGGCAUACUUGAAGAACCACCUAAUAAGAGUAAAAGGAACGACGACGAACAGGUGUUAAAAGUGACGUCACUGGGCAAGGCAGUGUCUGCGUUUCCAUUGUUGCCGCGAUACGGCAAGAUGUUAGCGUUGAGUCACCAGCAGCAUCUCCUGCCCUAUGCAAUCGCGCUCGUCGCAGCUCUCACCGUGCCCGAGGUAAUGAGUGGCAAAGCAGAUUGUUGGCCGGCUACAGGACAGACUCUGUUGUUGGGUGAUCCCGGAGUGUUGCUGAGAGCAGUGGGUGCUGCUGAGUUUGCACAUUUCAAUGGAGAAGAAGACCUCUUCUGUGCUAAACAUGGCUUGAGGGAGAAAGCAAUCAAAGAGAUACGUAAACUUAGGAAGCAACUAACAUCUGAGAUAAAUCUAUGUGUGUCGGGUGUUGACGUCACAAUAGAUCCAGAUAUGAAGCCCCCUGAUGAGAAUCAAGCCAGGCUGCUGCGUCAGCUCGUCUUGAGCGGACUGGGAGAUCAAGUUGGCAAGAAGAUAGCUUUGGAUGAGGUUAAAGAAGGCGAAGACAAACGCAAGUUCAAGUAUGCGUACCACUGCGCGGAAUUAGAGGAGCCUGUUCAUUUGCACUCAGAGUCUAUCCUUAGGCAAUGUAUACCUGAGUGGGUGGUGUACCAGGAGUUGUAUGAAACUGGUACGGAAGCGAGACGUAAGAUGGUCAUGAGGAAUGUUACAGCUAUUGAACCUGAAUGGCUGCCGGUUUAUGUUCCUCAGUUGUGUAACUUGGGUGAACCGUUACCGGACACAGAGCCGAGAUACGAGGAAAGUUCAGGUCGUGUGAGAUGCAGCUUCAAAGGAACUUUUGGAAAAGCAUGUUGGGAACUGCCCGUUGUUGAAAUCGAUUAUCCAGACAAAAUAGAACGAUACAGAUGGUUCGCUAGAUUUCUACUAGAGGGCGUCGUGUUUCCUAAAUUAAAGAAGUACACGAGUUCCUUGUUGUCACCUCCAUCUACAAUGGUGAAGAGUUGGGCCAAGUUGCAGCCGCGCACUGAACUACUGCUCAGAGCACUUAUCAUGCACAGAGCGGGCACCAGACAACAGCUAAUUGACGCCUGGGAGGAUAAUCCUAAGUAUUUAUUGGACGAAUAUAUGAAAUGGUUGCCCGAGUCAGCACACAAUGAGGUGACUCUGUACUGGCCGCCGAUAUAAUCUUUCU